ACAGUUUCCAACCCGACGGUCCCAACUCCAGUUGGCCCCUCCUCCCUCUGCACAAACUUCGGAGUCUCCGCUCCCUGAUUCCUGUACUACAAACACUCACCUAACUUGAUUUCGUCUCGUUGAUUUCGCCCUCAUAAUCUUCACUUCUUAACUAUACUCACCUACUCUGCUCUUCUGCUUUGGAGGCUCGUUCCAUUUCUCUCCUCAUUUCAACAAUGGAGGCCACAUCUCUCUCGACCUCGCUUUUAUCUCGUCUUCCUUCUUCCUCGCUUUCUCACAAGGCCCUUGAUCAUGUCUUCCUACCAUCUUCCCCUGCGUCGUUUCAAACAAGAACCUUGUCUUAUCGAACCUCUAUUUUGAACACCGGAUCCCACUUCCAGCUGUCUGAAUCGAAGUGUCGAAGAAAUCUCAUUUCUUGCUGUUCUGGGAAUGGGGCAGACAACAGAGACAAUGAUGUUCCCAUUGAAAAGCGGUAUCCAGCAUUUCCAACUGUGGUGGAUAUUAACCAGAUUCGCGAGAUUUUGCCCCACCGGUUUCCGUUCCUUUUGGUGGAUAGAGUGAUUGAGUACAAUCCUGGUGUUUCAGCUGUUGCUAUCAAGAAUGUAACAAUAAACGAUAACUUCUUCCCUGGACAUUUCCCUGAGAGGCCUAUUAUGCCUGGUGUUCUCAUGGUCGAGGCAAUGGCCCAAGUUGGAGGGUUGGUCAUGCUGCAACCAGAAGUGGGUGGCUCCCGUGAGAAUUUCUUCUUUGCGGGAAUUGACAAAGUGAGGUUCAGGAAACCAGUGGUUGCAGGGGACACGUUGGUUAUGCGAAUGACACUUGUUAAACUGCAGAAACGCUUUGGAAUUGCAAAGAUGGAAGGGAAGGCAUAUGUUGGUGGUGAAGUAGUUUGUGAGGGCGAAUUCUUGAUGGCUACUGGAAGUGAAUGAUGCGCACAAGUGUGAAUCUGUUGCCUUGUUCUUUUUUCCUCCAUAGAGAUUGCUUAAUUUUGAUUUCCAGCCUCCACCCAAAAAUUAUCAAAAAGCAAAAAAUAUCACCUGAAAUUUUAAAUUAUUAGGACAUAUUGAUGUCAAGCGCAGAUUUCCUGCAGAACAUGCUUCUUGAGACAUGGCUGAUUGCUUGUUGGCAUCCUGCACCUCGGUUUUAUGCAGAAGGUAUUCUUUCAUAGAAGAGUGCGACGGCAGUACCUAAAGUCCUAAACUUUAAUAUUUUAGGAAAUGACAGAUUAAACCGAUUUUAUUGCUUAAACACUCUCUGAGAAAACUUGUGUCAAUUUCCUGUAGUCUGAUCUCCACGCAAAUGUUACUAAGGUGGAUGAUCCUUUCUAUCUUGGAUGGUUUCUCAACAAUGACUUAUAUCUUUACUAUUGGAAAUUUGGAUUCUCUUGAAAGAAGCUUUCAAUAGGGUGAUUACAAUAGUAUGAUGAGACUUUUACACC